AACGUCGGGCAUGAUGGAGUCCAUUUAACCUAGCCCAACUGCGAUGCGGUCGUUUCUCAAGCGCAUCAACCUUUUAACCAUUAAUUAAAGUUCACAAAUAAUUGUACUACAAAUAAACAAGCAAAAACUAAGUGGUCGCAUGUGCACAAGUUUGCCUCGUGCGUACAAUUGUUGUUGCGACAAUCCGUGAAUUGAAUGCUCUCGCGUCCGAUCAUCAAUAGACAGAAGCGGGGUGCAGAUAUAGUGAAUCCGUCGAAGACGGGGACGGGGACGACGACGAAGAUGAGUGCGACGCCGAUGAUGAUGCCGUCGAAAAUGUGGAACUCCGACUCGUGGAAGGAUAAACAGGGAAAAGCCGAAUUCAUCAAGCUAAUCAAGCUAAAGCACAAGGAAGGCAAAGUAGCAGAAUGGAGAAGGGGAUUGUACGAACUGUUAUUGAGUGGAAUUUAUGGAAGUUCCAACAGAGAUGGAAUUGUCACGAUGUUACGUGAACUUGUGACAGUUGAUGGUUCAAUACCUUCAGCUAUUGUUGAUCUUUUUACGCUCAUUGAUACAGAAGUUCAGGGAGAAAACAGAAGUAAUUUUUACUUCAUUGUGAGGGAAUCGGAAAAGUUCCUGACAGACAAAAUUUUAAAGGAACGUCUUGAUACCGAUACUCUUCAAGAUGUUGGAACUUUGAAGAAUUUAAACUUUCAAACAAAGUUUAUCAAAGUUAAGACAAAGCUUUAUUACAAACAAAAAAAGUUCAAUCUUUUCAGAGAAGAAAGUGAAGGUUACUCAAAACUUAUUGUUGAACUUAAUCAAGACCACAAAGUUACGGAGGUUGAUUCAGUUUUAGAAAUUGUCAAGUCCCUUAUUGGAUAUUUUAAUCUCGACCCUAACAGAGUCCUCGAUAUCAUACUUGAAACUUUUGAAAACAGACCACAAGACGAUUCGGUCUUUAUUCCUCUUAUUCGCUCCUACAUGAGCGAUCGUCAAGUUUUGUGUGAAGUUUUAGGAUUCAAGUAUUGCUCUACCACUGAAGCAACACCGUUCUCCUUACACAAGCUUACGGCCUUAAUGCUACAACAUGAAGUUAUCAUGUUAGACGAUAUACUACCUUGGCUCGUUCCCGACGAUAAAAUAAUCAUACGAGACUAUGAUAACAAAAUGAAAUUGGCCAAAGAGUAUGUUAAAAAAAUGAGCGUCAUUUCAACAAAAGAGAAGGAAGAUGAAAAUGUUGAGAAAGAAGUUACUCCGGACAAGAGUACCAACAAUCAAAAGUUUGGACUUUGUGAAGCGCUUUUAGAGGUAGGAGCGUGGAAUGUGGCUAUGCAAAUGUUCAACCGAUUCCCCGACUUCAGUCUAACGGAACAAAAACCAAUAGCGCUAGCUCUGUGUAAGAUCAUCCAUGCCCUCAUUGAACCAGUUUACAGGAAACACUGCAUAAUCCAUCCAAAACUACCAGGGCGUAAAGUGCCACCUCUGAAGAGUCCGCUUGCUCCAAAAGCCUUAAGCCAACUGGAAGACAUACAUGACAACCUCCUUCCCAUGUUGGUGGUACUUGGUCCAAACCUGCAUUACGAUCCCGUGCUCAUGUACAAAAUAAUGCGCCUGAGUAACGCCGCAAUAAAGCAGUGUAAUCUCGACUCCAACAAGCUUCCCAUUGGCAAGGAUGUCACUCUCUACUGCGACGUAAUCACGAUCCUCGACGUGGCUCUCCUACCCUCUCUGUCUUUCAUGGACUGCAACUGCUGUGUAGCCGAAGAAAUCUGGAACAUCCUCAAGUACUAUCCCUACCAGAACCGUUAUGCGCUCUACGCGAGAUGGAAGAACGAUACGCCGAACCAGCAUGCGGCGCUCCUGAAGAAACGUGCCGAUGCACAGAAGAAAAUCAAGAACGUGGUAAAGAGAGUGAGCAAGGAAACAAUCAAGCCAGUGGGCAGAUCCAUUGGCAAGCUGACUCACUCGGCACCCGGUGUACUGUUUGACUACGUUCUCGUUCAAAUCCAGCUCUAUGAUAACUUGAUAGGUCCUGUGGUCGAUUCCCUGAAGUAUCUCACCAACGUAUCUUACGACGUUUUGGGGUACUGCCUAAUAGAAGCACUUGUGGGAGCCGAGAAGAACCGCUUCAAGCAUGAUGGAACUAGUAUAUCUCUCUGGUUGCAAUCGCUCGCUUCUUUCUGUGGAGCUAUUUUUAAGAAAUACAACAUUGAACUCAUGGGACUACUGCAGUAUGUAGCCAACAUGUUGAAGGCUCAAAAAAGUUUGGAUCUUCUAAUUUUAAAAGAAAUUGUUCAAAAAAUGGCAGGCAUUGAAGCAUCUGAAGAACUAACAGCAGAUCAACUUGAUGCCAUGGCUGGUGGCGAUUUGUUACGUACUGAAGCUGGCUAUUUCAGUCAAGUACGAAACACCAAAAAAUCAUCUCAACGGCUCAAAGAAGCUCUAUCUGAGCAUGAUUUAGCGGUAGCGCUAUGCUUACUAAUGGCUCAGCAAAAGCAUUGCGUUGUUUACCGAGAAACGGAACAAUCUCACUUGAAACUAGUUGGGAAAUUGUACGAUCAGUGUCACGAUGCACUAGUUCAAUUCGGUACUUUCCUGGGGCAAACCAUGACGGUGGAUGAAUACGUUGAAAGGCUGCCAACAAUUCAUUCUAUGCUCCAAGACUACCACAUUCACUCAGAUGUAGCAUUUUUCCUUGCUAGGCCGAUGUUUACUCAUGCCAUCAAUAUCAAGUACGACGCGUUACGCAAAGCAGAUCCCAACUACAAAAAAAUGUCGUCAUCAAUCAAACAAGCCAAGUAUGCAGAAGCUGCUCAAGCUGUGAUGGCUCCAGUCGCCCUGUCAGUGCGUCCACUGCACCCUGCUAAAGUCUGGGAAGAUGUUUCUCCGCAAUUUUUGGUAACGUUCUGGUCAUUGUCGAUGUACGACUUGUAUGUACCCGUUGACAGCUAUCAGCGUGAGAUCAACAAGCUGAAACAACUAGCCUUGCAAGCUGCUGAUUCCAAAGACAUGACUGCAAGCAAAGGAAAGAAAGAGCAGGAAAAGUAUACGGCUUUAAUAGAAAAACUACAAGAUGAGAAAAAGAAGCAAGAGGAGCAUGUUGAAAAGGUUCACGCCUAUUUGAGGCAGGAAAAAGAUUCUUGGUUUUUGUCAAGGAGUGCAAAGUCUGCAAAGAACGAAACGAUAACACAGUUUUUACAGCUGUGUCUUUUUCCUCGAUGUACUUUCACAACUGUGGACUCGAUGUAUUGUGCCAAGUUUGUCCAUACCAUCCACUCUUUGAAGACUGCAAACUUUUCUACGCUUCUUUGCUAUGACAGACUAUUUUGUGAUAUCACUUACUCAGUAACGUCAUGCACGGAAAACGAGGCAAACCGUUACGGCAGAUUUUUAUGUGCCAUGCUUGAAACUGUCAUGAGGUGGCACUCUGAGAAAGCUAUUUUUGAUAAAGAGUGCAGUAAUUAUCCAGGUUUUGUUACCAAAUUCCGUGUAAGCAAUCAAUUUUCAGAAGCAAAUGACAUGGUUGGAUUUGAAAACUACAGACAUGUCUGUCAUAAAUGGCACUAUAAAAUCACAAAGGCAAUAGUUGUGUGCUUGGACUCGAAAGAUUACGUACAGAUAAGAAACUCAUUGAUUAUACUCAUCAAAAUCUUGCCACAUUUCCCGGUCUUGACCAAGCUUUCUCAAAUUCUCGAGCGAAAAGUUGAUAAAGUUCGUGAAGAUGAACGUAACAAAAGACAAGAUCUCCAUGCUUUAGCCAUUUCGUAUUUUGGUCAAUUGAAAGCCAGAGGACCGCAUAUGAUCCCUGAAGUAGACUUUCACCACGUUAGUGACAAAGCGGCUAAAUCAUCUGAAGCAGCAAAAGCAACAGCAGCAAACUCUGAAUCCAAUGCAGAAAAAGUUACAAAUGGCGUAGCUGUAAAAGAAGUAAACAACACUGAUUCUCGUCCUGAGAAGGAUAGCAAGGAAAAACGACCAGCUGUUCCUACCAAUCAAUCUGAUAGUUCUGACAAAACUAAAAAGAGAGAAGGUAGUCGAGAAGAAUCAGAGAUCCGAGAGAAAUAUUCCAAGAAGGACGAUUACAAGGAAGAAGAUUCAAGUGACAAAAAGGAUAAAAAGUAUUAUAAAGAUGAGCAUUAUUACAGUGGAAAUACAGACAACUUUGACAGAGAUCUCUCCAGUGUUUCAAACAGCAGCACAAGCUCAGGGCCAACAGCUGACGCAGAUCGAGAUCCCAAGCGAAGGAAAAUUGAAAACGCUCCUAGGGAAACAAGACGACCGGAAACAACUUCCGAUAAAAAAGACCGUGGUUCAUCUAAAACCAAAAUAAGGGAGGAGUCAAAAGAAGUACGAAAAGAGAAGAAAUUGGGCCGGAAAAGAGAUCGAGAUGAUUUGAUAGUUCCAGCAGAACAAAAGCGAAGGAAAGAUGACGAUAGGGCAAAGGGAACUCAUCAGAACGGAGACAUGCCUGAAUAUAGAGACAAACACCAUUAUACUAAGUUGACAAAUACGUCCGCCUCCAGUGCAUUCGAUAAGACGAAACGGCAGACAAUGACAAGAAAAAAUAUAGGAAAAAUCGCCGUACGCGAAGGACCGAACACAAGAGCGCGAGGGCCGCGAAACCCGUGACAAACAUAGGAGAAGCACCGAUCCCAAGAGAAAAUAGUGGAUGUGGCGAAUGGGAUUUGAUUUAUAUUUUAUAUUGCUACGUUUCAAUGUUAUAUGUAAUUUAGAGUUGAGCAAGUAAAAAAAAAAAAAAAAAAAAAAUAAACC